AUGAAUCAUUUACAACAGCCGGAGCCAUCUUUUGGAAAACGAACCGAAUUAAUUUGUACUUCCAAUACAAUGAAACCCAAGCUGUUUAGCAGUGUAAAUCAUGUAUUGUCUAACAGAAUUAACAGUGUAAGUUUUUGGACUGACUCUACAAUUACAUUAAGUUGGAUUAAGACAUCUCCCCACAAAUUGAAAACACAUGUGGCUAACCGAGUAGCUGAUAUUCAAAGACACACUUCGAGUAAAGAUUGGGAUCAUGUACCCUCAAGUAGCAAUCCAACGGAUUUGUUAUCUAGAGGCACGACUACUGAAGAAUUAAGGGAUAACUAUCUAUGGUGGCAUGGUCCUCUGUGGUUAGUGCAGCCUUCUGAAAGGCCGAUCCAAGAAGUUUAUGAUUUAAAAGACAUGCCGGAAACCAAACGGGAGAUUACAUUAGUAGCUAUACCGGAUAUGCACGAUAUUUUGUAUAAGUUCUCAUCUACUGCUAAAUUAAGAAGAAUCAUAGCGUACUGUAUGCGAUUUAUAAAUAAUCUAAGAAGUAUUAAAAGCAAAGGAUCUUUAUCGAUUGAAGAAUUGGAGCAAGCUAACAUUAUCAUAAUCAGACUAGUGCAACGUCAAGUAUUCGAAAGAGAGAUAGAAGAUUUGCGAAAUGGAAGAGAAAUUUAUCGCAAGAGCAAGUUGCUUACAUUACGUCCGUUCCUUGAUGAACAAGGAUUGAUCCGUGUGGGAGGCAGAAUACGCCAUGCGGAGAUCAACAUAGAUCAAAAACAUCCAUAUGUAUUUAAUGUAUUACCUUCGAGACAUCAUAUAACUACUCUUAUACUCCGCGAAGAACACAAAAGGUUACUACAUUGCGGGCCAGAGCAACUUUUGGCGUCUAUUAGACUACGAUAUUGGCCAUUAUUAGGCAGACAGGAAGCGCGUAAGGUUACUAGACAGUGUCUAGAAUGCUUUCGACUUAAGCCUAAACCCUUAGAGGCAGUUAUGGCAGAUCUACCUAAAGAUCGAUUACAAGGAACUGUGAGGCCAUUCGCUAUUAGUGGCAUAGAUUACGCCGGACCUAUUCAAAUUCGAAAAGGAAGAAGAAGAGGUAGGAUAUCUUUAACGAAAGGAUACAUUGCAUUGUUCGUCUGUUUUCACACUAAAGCAGUUCAUUUAGAAGCCGUUACGGAUCUAACUACAGAAGCAUUUUUGGCAGCAUUACGGAGAUUUACUUCGAGAAGAGGUCUUUGCACUACAUUAUACUCGGAUAAUGCAACAAACUUCGUUGGAGCAGCAAGAGAGUUGAAGGAGAUUUAUCAAUGUUUGAUUUUAUAG